UGGAUGCCCGGGGCGGAGGAGCCUGUUCCAGCCCUUUGUUCGCUGCCGGAGGGAGCGCGGGGCAAAAUGGCGAAGCCCCCUUCACCACUGUAUUUCCAACUCGGUCCCACCCGCAUUUGUGUGUGCGGGAAGCCUGGCCGCGCUGCCCGCGGGCGGGAUGGCGUGGGAUGGGAUGGCAUGGGAUGGAAUGGGAUGCUGUCCCCGCCCCGGGUAGCCCUGCCCCGGGAGGGCCACCUCUGCCAGAGGCCGCUUUCCCCCGCAGAGCGCAGCCGGGCCGUGGGGGGACGAGAAGCGCCAGGUGCGUCCGGGUGCAUCACUAUCGCCGGGAGCGGCCGUGGGGAAGCCGCCUUUCCAAAACCUGCCCCGGCCAAAAGUGUUGGAAAGGCACACAGAAGUGGUGCAGGCAUGCUGAGAGAGAAAGAAACUCGAGGGGAAGUGUUUUUGCACACAUCCUCAGUCAGAGGCUAAGGAAGAGCUAAUUUUUUUUUUUAUAAAGCAUGGCCCAGUAAUGCCUUUAAUUAUGUUCUUAGGAAAGUACAGAUAAAAAUGGAAAAAAGUCAUUUUUCCAGACUGACAGUGCUGCCACAGCAGCCACGCAGAUGGAAGCAUUUCUGUGAGUACUCCUGGCUGUCUGGGACCCAUAUCUGGCACAGUUGCAGAAUUAGCUGAGAUAAUUUUCCUGAGUCCUUUACUUCCCAGAAAUCAACUUUAUAUUCAUUGGUGGACUCUUUCACUUUUUUGGGUCUGUAUAUUUGCGUUUGUUUGUUUGUUCAUUGUGCUGUCCUGCAGAUGGGUGAAGGACUAAAUGAAGUAGGUAGUAAAUGCCAUUUGGAGGCAGCAGGGAAAAGCGGAAUUGCUAAGGAAUUGAAAGAAAUACCAAGGUUUCACAAAAUGAGUCUGUGAAUCAAUGGGAUGGAUACUAACACUGAGAAGUCAAGGAUAAAAGGUUCUCAAGCAAUUCUAUAGCGUGGACCUCAUCUUAAUGCAAGGAAGUGUUUUUCAAACCUCAUGUACAGAAAGCCAAUUCCUCCAGUCCUUUGGUAUUGGCAGUAAAAUACAAUCAGCACUGUAGCUAAGGUGAUUAUGAACAUAGAGAAAUGAUGUUGGGAGAGUACAUGCAGUGGUCUCUGAGUCUUUGGGACUUAGCAAAUUGCAAACAAAUGCUACUUAGCAAUUGUUAAGGAAGAGUCAGCAGGGUAUGACCAGCCAGGCAUCCACAGACCACCAGCAAAUGCUGUAUAGGCAGAAUACAAGGUAACUAUUGGGAUAGGCAGAAUUUUUUUAAAAGGUUUUUUUCUUUAGAGAAACAAAGACUGAUAGUGACAUUCUUGUUUCUUCACAGCCUAGAUGGAGGGGCUGGUAAGAAGAACUGAGAAACAAGCUUGGUGUUGUCCUCUUUGGUGUGCCCACAUGCAAUUUACUGCCCCUUUGCUUGCCCAUCUAAAAUAUGCAGUUUCCUGCAUACUACAGGUAAAUUUUAACAAAGGCAAAAGGGCCUCCAGUCACUGGAAAGAGUUUGAAGAACUAUUACCUGAAUGUUUCUGAGCGUUGUUCUGCUUCUAGCUGCUCAGCAUGUCUUGGCUGCUCCAGGUGUGCACGCUCUGACCAUGAGCAGCAAUUCCUCCCUCAGCAAUGGGAAAGGCCUGAAGAACCUGACCACGGAGGAAGAUGGGGCAGUCAGAGUCACCGAGUCCAUUGCUAUAAUUGUCAUUGCUAUCUUCAUCUGUUUGGGCAACCUGGUGAUUGUUGUCACUCUGUAUCGCAAGUCAUACCUUCUCACCUUGAGCAACAAGUUUGUGUUCAGCCUGACCCUCUCCAACUUUCUACUCUCGGUGCUGGUGCUGCCUUUUGUUGUCACCAGCUCCAUCAGGCGAGAAUGGAUCUUCGGGGUUGUUUGGUGCAAUUUCUCAGCCCUGCUCUACAUGCUGAUCAGCUCAGCCAGCAUGCUCACUCUGGGACUCAUAGCUAUAGACCGGUACUAUGCUGUGCUGUACCCGAUGGUUUAUCCGAUGAAGAUAACGGGCAACAGAGCAGUGGUAGCUCUCGUGUACGUGUGGCUGCAUUCUCUUAUUGGCUGCCUCCCUCCCCUUUUCGGCUGGUCCUCUUUGGAGUUUGACCAAUUCAAGUGGAUGUGUGUGGCAGCCUGGCACAAGGAGGCUGCCUACACGGCCUUUUGGCAGAUCUGGUGUGCACUGCUGCCCUUCGUGGUUAUGAUGAUCUGCUAUGGAUUCAUAUUCCGUGUGGCAAGGAUUAAGGCCCGCAAAAUCCACUGUGGGAGUGUUGUCAUUGUGGAGGAGGACUCACAGAGGAAUGGGAGGAAGAACUCCAGCACCUCCACAUCCUCCUCUGGCAGCCGAAGGAAUGCUUUCCAAGGGGUUGUUUACUCAGCCAACCAGUGCAAAGCUUUCAUAACCAUCUUGGUUGUCAUUGGGGCUUUCGUCAUUACAUGGGGACCUUACAUGGUAGUAAUAACAUCAGAGGCACUUUGGGGUAAAAACAGUAUUUCCCCUGCUUUGGAGACAUUGGCUACAUGGCUGUCCUUUUCCAGUGCCAUUUGCCAUCCGCUAAUUUAUGGGCUGUGGAACAAGACUGUGCGAAAGGAACUCCUGGGAAUGUGCGUUGGGGAUCGGUAUUACCGCAAGUCCUUUGUUCAGCGGCACAGGACAUCGAGACUGUUCAGCAUUUCCAACAGGAUCACAGAUUUGGGACUAUCUCCUCACCUUACCGCCCUCAUGGCAGGUGGGAGGCCACUGGGAAACAGCAGCAGCACAGGAGACACAGGUUUCAGCUGCUCACAAGAUUCAGGAACAGAUACAAUGCUUCUGGAAGAUUAUAGCUCAGAUGGCCCUCAUGCCCCACACUGCAUCUGUCCCCCUCGAAGGAGGAGUUCAGUGACGUUUGAAGAUGAAGUGGAACAAAUGAAAGAAGCUGCAAAGAAUUCUGUUCUUCAUGUAAAAGCUGAAGUCCAUAAAUCUCUGGACAGUUACGCAGCCAGUCUGGCCCGAGCUAUAGAAGCUGAUGUGAAACUCAGCCUGUUUGGGGAAGAUGCAUUACCAGGAGCCCUGUUCCCCUUGUGGACUCCGGCAGGAAGCAGUGCAAACUCCCGGCGUGGUGCCAGGCCUCAUGCCAGCCAAAGACUGAAGUUGCAGAGCAUCGAUGAAGGGAACAUUUGACACGAGCACUGGAGUAGGAAAACAGAACGAAACCACUAAGCAGGGCCUACUGCAGCUGGUAGUGUUUCACCAGAACCAGGACACCUUGUCGGGAUGCUUCUAGUGGUUUUUCAACACCUGGACAUAGCUGGGUUCUGGUACUUGCAUCAGCAUUUUAUAGCAGUGUUUGUUUACUGGUUAGGGUGCUACUGACUCUUGUGCGACAUCAUUAUCACAUGGUGCAUAGGAAUGCAGGGCUUGGAUUCACUGACCAGAUCAUUAGUCAGUUGAAUCUUGGGUCUAUUAUUGGCCAAAACUGAUACAGGAACAAAACAGAAAAGGUAGGUGCAGUGUUUAAUUCAUUGUUACAUCCAUCCUUUUCUGACCACCAGGAUAAUCAGUUGGUAGCUGGAGUGCUCUGAUAGGAGCUUGUGCAUUGGAUAGUACAUAAAGCUUUACUGUCUCAGACUCCCAGAUGAGGAACGUGGACUUCUCUAAGGGCAAAACCAGAGUUUUUCAGAGCUCAUGCAGAUUAUGGUCUUACUUACCUUUGCUGGGGGAUAUUUCAGUCUGUUCAGCCAUCAGAAUGCCAGAUCUGACCUUAGCUUCAGCUCCUCUGGAUGUAAUGAAUGGGAGUCAGCGUGCUGGGAACAGCACGGAGAUGGGAUUUGAGGAAAUCAUCAGUGCAGAAUUCUUAGUUUCUCUGAGAACUUCAGCUCAUGUCCCUGGUUUUGCUGUUAUUAAAAGGACACUCUGGCUGUGCUAAGCUUGACAGACUAUAAAUAAGAUAUUACUACUUCAUAUUCAGGAUUCAUCUUCUAGAGAGAAGAGAGCUCAUUUUUUUUUUUAAUCAUGAGGGAAUGUAGUAUUUAAGCUGUCGUUACCUCAGUGCUUCUAUUUCUUGGAGUAUUAAUUCAUUAAUCUCAAAGAUAAGGACAUUUGGCACUUAUAUUGCACUUUGCAUGUUCUUAAGCACUGUACAGACAUUACCUUGUUAGGCCUUUGUGAGAGGGUUGAUCAGCCCUGCUUGCCAAAGAAGGGGAACUCAGCACAGCCAAGCUGCUGGCAGUGAAACAAGCUGCAAAGGUGGGAAGUUUCCUAAGGAAAAGAGGGAUGUGGUGGAUCAUUCGAGUAUAUCCAGCUUGGAGAACCUUUCUGUGCCUUCCUGGGCUACCCCCUUCCUUACUUUGGGGGGAAUUAAAGCCCUGCCUUACCGUGUAUUUCAAAGAGAGGGAGACAUAAGUGAGCAGGAUAAUUUCUUGGGGUAGGUGUCAGUAGUAAAUGGACUUAAGGACCAAGGAUUUACAUUUGUUUACUCUCUGCUCCCCUGUGCCUCUACCUUUCCCCAGGAGUGCUUUGUAAGAGGUUUUGCUGCAGAUUGUUUGGAAAUCAGGAGCAGGACGUUUCCAUCUGGGCAAAAACAGGGUGUACGCUCAUGAAGUUUUGUCUUUGUCGACUUAUUCGGAGGCACAGAAGCAAAGUGUUGUGAGACAGGGCCUGGGUCCAGUGCUGUAUUUAGACAUCCCAUUUGUCUGUGUUCCUGACUCAGAGAUGUAUUUCACCACAAGGUUAUGACCAUCUCUGGACAAAGCAAUUUGAUUUUCUGAACUAGCCUGAAUCCCAUUGCGUUCCCAUGUAAAAUAUAACUGCAUGCUUAAAAUUCAGUACAUGGUUUGCUGAUUUAAGAACAGGCUGUUAAGAACGAGAACACUUAAGCUCCAGUAAGAUGGCUUUUAGCGUAAUGCAGGGAUAAAUCAAUUAAUAAUAGUGAGGUUCUAACUCCUGCAUUUUUUACUUCUAAUGAGUUAGAGAAAUUGCACCUGUGGGCACUUGUUAGGAACAAAAGAACCAAAAAACCCAGUAUUUGCCAGCAAACGCCCUGCAGGGAGGUCAGUAUUGCUGCCGUUAACAUUACAAUCACAGUUGCUUAUAGUACUCAACACUACUUAAGCUGUAGGCUUGCCUGGAAUUCCUUUGUCUGAAUCCCUUUUGUCGCGUUUAUCCCUCUUAUUCCUUUUAUUCCGCUUGAACCAAGUUGAGCAGAGUCGUUGCUGAAUGUCAGAAGGGUACACACGAGUAUGAAUGUAUUGUGGAGGAGUAGGUGCUGGCCCGAAACGCUCUGUGUUUAGGAGAAAAAAUUCCAAUGCACGUAUGAAAGCACAAAAUUGAUAGUAUUGUGUAAAAAGCACGUUUUUCACACAGGUACUGAGACAAAUGCAGUCUUCAAGCAGGUCAGGGGAAUUGCAAGAGUUUACACCAUGGCUGAAUUCAGCUGCCAGUGUUAAUGUCGCUAAUCUGUUAUUUAGCAUAAACGUUCAUAUUUUUGUACACACGUUAUAACCCUCCCAUAACUCUGUUAUUAUCGGAGUCGUUCUCUCACUUGAGUUGUCGUUAACAAAACCAGUAAUUGAAAAAUGCACACGUUUUAUAAAACUGUAUUUCCCAUCUUAAAUACAGAAAAGAACCCCAACUUCUUUCCAGUU